GUUAUUGUUUAUAAUAAUAUGAUAAUAUUCAGAUUUUCAUUUCAUUCUAUUUCAAGAAGUACCCUUUUUACGGGAAUAAUUCCAUUCAUUUACAUGCUGUAACUGACAUUAAGAUAACGUUUUAUGGUACCGUAAUACAUCGGGAAAUUGUCAGUGGUGAGUGUGUCAACAAAAAGCCUUUUUUUUUUUUAAACUGGUAGAAAACUAAAUCCAAAGAUACAUCUCUUUGGUCAGCAGUGACAGCAGAAGUGAAUUUGUCAUGGCUUCAUUUGAGAAACAAAGUUCUUCUAAUGACGCUGUGCAUCAAAAAUAUCCCAUACGCAGAUUAGAACAUUCAGUAAAGAAAUUUGUCAAAGUUUUAGAAAUAGAUCUGGAUAGACUUGACCGUCAUCGCCAAAAUAUUGAAAGGUUAUCAAUUCAAGAAAAGUGGGUUUUAUUAAACAAAGAACAGAUCAAUUCAUCAAGAACAGUACAACAAAUCAAAGCAAAUAUCAGAGAAAUAGAAAAAGCUCGAGCCCAGAUUGUUGAUGAAGAUUUACAUAAAUUUGAUGACUGGAUUGAAGAGGUUAAAUUAAAGGCAAUCAAGGCAGUUGAAGAAUUUAUUUUACUUAGCCAAAGUGGAAGUUCUUCUCCAACAGAAGAAAUGGUUAUCAAUCCUGAGUCGGAAACGGCAGAGAGUUCCAGCUCUUCUUCCAUCCAGUAUGGCACCUCCUACACACCUGCUUAUAAUAUACGCAGACCAAAUAUUCCUGCAGAUGAAAUUUUCUCCUGUAGCUUGCCCAACGCUUCAGAUAUUUCACAGAUUCAGAAAAUGGCAAAUCCACAUCCAACAACAAUUAACCCAGAAACAGUUGCAUCGUGGGAACAUUUACAAGAGGAUUUGGUUGAUUUAAAUACAAUGAUACAUCAGUAUUCAGCUGUAGUUCAGGAACAAGAAGAGAAAGUUGAUACGAUAGAAGAUAAAAUAGAAACAGCUUAUACAGGUGUUCAACAGGGUACUAGUAGUCUAGGACAGGCAGCUAAAUAUAAAGCAGCUAUAUUUCCAGUAGCUGGAGCUGUGAUUGGUGGUGUAUUAGGUGGACCUAUUGGAUUGGUUGCUGGUUUGAAACUAGGGGGAGCUGCGGCUGUAUCUGGUGGUGUGGUUGGGUUUUUUGGUGGUCGAUAUCUGAAAAAGAGGCAGGAUAAAGUAACAGAAGUAGAAUUAAAUAAUCUAAGUGUGACACGGAGUACGUCAUUAGAGGAUAUUUCAUCUACAACUGUAAAAAAUACGUCUUAAAAUUGUCGAGUUUCCAUUUUGGAACAUCAUGAUAUGUGAUAUUGUAUGAAAGUUGGUUGUGUGAAGAGCUAUUCUUCGUUGAUAAAGAAUGGAAUAUAGAUUGACAUUGUGUUCAAAAUGUUUCUUAAAGUUCAAGAGGAAACUACUUUUAAAGUGUGGGAAUUUGUUUACUUCUCUGUAGAACCAGAACUGACUUUUAUUGAUAAAAUUUUAAUACUUGUAGAUUUUUCAUUAUUUGUAUUUAUUGAAGAAUUGUGUUGUUUAUAUUCCCAAAUCAAAAUUUAGAAAGAUAGAUCAUAUUAUAUAUCAUGUUAAAGAGACAUAUUCACUUUAUUAGUUAGUAUUUUAAAAUAAUAUCAAUAACCUUAGAGACUCGCAAUUCAUACCAAAUGAUUGACAGUUAAAAUAAACACCCAAAGUAUCUGAUAUAUUGUUAAAGUACUGUAAAACCAAUAUUUAUUGAAGAAAUGAUGAGAAGGGUUGAUUAGACCAUUAUAUUAGCAAUAGUUUCAGUAAUUUAUGAUAUUUUGUAUAUAUGUUUAUAAGGACUAUUCCAUUUAUAAAUACAUUUUGUUGAUUUGAAGGGGGGGGGGGGGUCUAUAGAAAGUGGCAUACUGUCAUUCGCAUUUUAAUGUACUUUUAAGUGGAAUAGUCCUAAUUAGAAAGAACAAUGUUUAACUGCCAUUUUUUUAAAUCACAUUUUAAUUUCACUUUAAAAUAACUGUUUUCAUAAAAAAAAGACUCACAAGUUUUAACUGUCAUCCAUGACAACAAUACAUAAUGAAAAUAAUACAUAAUGACAAUAAUACAUAAUGACAAUUAAAAUGGUCAUAAUCAUAAAAUGUCAAUAUUUACAGAAUCAUUAGCAGGUUCAUGUUACAGGUCGAACAUUUCAAUUAGAAAAACUGAAAUAAAACUGCUCCCUUCUUUGAAAAGUCAGUUGAACCAGCUUUGCCUUAUUCUCAUUUUGAUCAUCACUAUGUCCAGGGAUUGUAUUCAUAAAAACUAAAAUAUGUAGAGGAUGCAGUCGUUUCAUUGGUUUGGGAUUUGUACAAAUAUCAACUCUUGAGCCAAUAAAAAGGCAGCUUUCUUCAAAAAUUUAGUUCAAUUUUUCAAAAGAAUAAGGUCCCAGCUGUCUUAUUCAUAAAAUCUUCAAUCUCUUACACUGUUGCUAUGGCAAAGUGUAUAUUAUUUCUAUAUGUUACACUGUUGCUAUGACAAAGUUGUAUAUUAUGUCUGCAUGUUACACUGUUGCUAUAGUAAUGUUGUAUUUCAUGUCUACAUGUUACACUGUUGCUAUAGUAAGGCAACACAAAUAAAAUAACUUGUUUCUCGGGCACCGCCCGCACGUAAAAUUGGUUGCGCGUGCAGUCUAUUUAUUAGUCUUGAUGAAAAAAAAUAAAUAUGUAACGCCCGCCCGCACAUCGACAAGCAAGUCGUAAAAAAAAUAUCCCGCAUGUACCUACAUCCGCCAUACAUGUAUAUCUAUUCAAAUGUAUUAAAACUGAUUCAGAUGAACAUGCUGUCUUUUUUUAUCCGAACAAUGGCGAAGUUUGGCAGAUUUGCCUUUUUUAUUGAUAUCGAAAGAACCUCCAUUUUGUAUCACGUGAUAUUAAUUACCUCCCCUGAUAAACUAGAAUUUGAUUCGUGUUAAAAGUCAUUGGCGACAAUAUUUCAAUCAUUCGAUCGUAAUCGGCUCAUUAUUGCCGGCUUCAGUCGGUCCUUGUUUGGAAAAUCCUAUUGAUAAAAUAAUGAACCGUAGAACAGGUUAAAUAAUUAUAGCUAAGAAUACGAUACGAUGACGAUAGUCGUCAUAAUGCAUACCUUAGAAUCUGGGUCAUUAUUAGCACAUUUACGGUAGUUUCGAUAAUCCGGAAAAUAAUAAUUGGAUUACCGAUUUGAUGGUUUUACUGACCAGUUGUUAGUUAGAUUUAAAUAGUCAUUCAAUAUAAACACCGGAUAGAACACCGAAUAUCCUGAGAAACACACCGAAUAUCCCAAGAAACAGUAUUUCCGGCAAUCUCCAAUACCGAUGACACGGUGUGACAUGCAUUGGUUGGAAUUCGGUAAAUAAUUAUAAAUAAACCGGCGAUACUAGAUUUAGUUUUAAAUACUGUUUACCAUGAUUAUUAUUUUUGAUACACCUGGUGAAAGAGGCUUAGUUUUUAAAAAUAUUGUUGUCUUUAUGGAGGGCUAUUACAUAGUCGUAUGGAAUUUUAUUUUAAACCAAUUUCAAUUAUGUGAAUUAAAUAUGGAAAAUUAUUUUCCUUUCAGUCAGUGUUCAGUCUCAGUGUUUUAGUAGACUUGAUUUUGGGUUUAUGUUUUAAGUAUGUACAAUAAAGUUGAAUAUAACGGAAAGCAAAAACGUAAACAAGUAAUGACUUUCUCAUUUAAAAAAAAAAAAAAGAAAGACCGCCCUCCCGCCCCAACAAUUUUCAGCAAUAGCCAAAUUUUAUUUUGCACCAUCAAUGAGUAAAAAAAAAAAAGAAACCGCCCUCCCUCCCUACAGUUUCAGCUGUCAGUUGCCCGAGAAACAAGACAUUUAUUUUGUGUGGCCUAAUGUUGUAUUUCAUGUCUACAUGUUACCAUGGCACGGUUGGUUGUAUUAUGUUGUGUUACACUGAUACAAUGUCAAGGGUUGUAUAUUAUGUCUAUAUGUUAUACUGUUGCUAUGGUAAGGUUGUAUAUUAUGUAAAUAUACUCAGCCAAAUUAAAAACUUGACACUCGGGAUUUUUUGGACUAGAUUUUUAAUAUUUGGUUUAAGGCAACUAUUUUAGUGUUAUGUUGUGCACAGACGACCUUGACAUCAACAGAAAGCAAAAAUACGUCUUGCCGAAAGUCCUUGACAUUGAUAACGUUCGUAAUGUCACAGUACCCCCCAAAAUGAAAUUCACAGACUUGGAGAACAAUCGGAAUAAAGUGUUUAGUAACGGUUGUGGCCUCCUCUAGCGUCUCGUACUGCCACACAACGUCUUCUCAUGGAUCUCAGAACAUUAGUAAACACUACCCAUGGAAGACGUCGCCACUGCUCAGCAAGAGCAUGUUGAAGGUCCUGCAACGUCAGUGGUGGAUUCACUUGCUGACGAACACGUCGACCCAGUUCGUCCCAGAUGUGUUCAAUAGGAUUAAGGUCGGGGCUAAGUGACGGCCAAUCCAGGACUUGGACACCGGCAUUUCUUAAAAAAUUCUGGGUAGCAAUUGCUGUAUGGGGUUGAGCAUUGUCUUGUUGAAACGUUAGUCCAGGCCCACGUCUCUGCAUAAAGGAAGAAGAACAGGUUGCAAAAUCUGAUCCCUGUACUGGACAGCAUUUAAGUUCCCUUGGACAACAACAAGAGGAGAACGUCCAUGUGCACAAAAAGAACCCCAAACCAUGACGCUACCGCCACCAAAUCGGUCAACUUCUCUGACGCAUACUUGAGCGUAACGUUCACCUCGUCUGCGGUACACUCGGACCCUGCCAUCGGCAAAUCUCAAAGUGAAUCGAGAUUUGUCACUAAAGACAACCGAAUUCCACUGACUUUGAGUAAAUCUUAUGUGUCUUGUGGCCCACACAAGUCGGUUACGGCGAUGAAGAGGUGUCAAUAUUGGUCCAUUAUAGGGCCUCCGAGCUCGAAGACCAGCAGUCUGCAAGCGAUUUCGAACAGUCUAUGCAGUUACCCUUCCACCAAGCAUCUCUCUACUUGUGGAGGUUGCAGUGAAAAAUCUGUUUCUAAGAUGACGUAAUCGUAUUGCUUGAUCUUCCUGAAGUGACGUCACACGUGGCGCUCCCGCCCUUGGGCGGUCGGCAAUAGUUCCAGUUUGAAGCACUCUCAUUCUAAGAUUAAUUAUUGUCUGGCGUGAACAAUUAAAGGCUCUUGCAACAGUGACCACAGACUCGCCAGCAUAGAGCCUACCUAUAGCACGUAGACGUUCUACAUUUGAAAGGCACGGCAUUUUCUAACAAAGAUGAAAAUAACAAUUUUAAUUUGUUUUUCCAGUUCAAGUUACGUGUGCGUGUUCAGUUUAAGCAAACUUGAUCGAUUGACCUCACGAGUUUGUGUUUGCACGUAUUUUUCAGGUUUUUCAACUUUAUAUGCUCAAAAGUCACCUGAUCCACGUGACUUUACAAUUUUAUGAAAUUAAAGGCUUCUUACUACUUACUAUCGUUAGAAACACUUUAAAAUUUAUUUGACUUACCAGAAAAAAAAAAUUGUUGAAAUUCAUCAGUGUCAAGUUUUUAAUUUGGCUGUGUAUAUGUCCAUGUGUUUUAUUGUUAAUUAUAUUAAAUACAUAAUUGUUCUAUUUCGAUUUUGUGACGUCUGUGAAUAUUUAUGCUAUUAACGAGAAAUCAUGCAAGAGCUAAAUCUGCCUAUUGCAGAUCUUUUUUCUGGCUUCAAAUGUUAUAUAAAUUUUUUAUUUAGACAUCUAUCGGUAUUCAAAUGACAAAUCCAUAAUUAACUUUCUUGGCUUAGAAUUAGAUAUUGUGUGGAUUAGACAAUGCCGCCAUAUUUUCAUUAAAUGAUAGGGUUCAAACUCAUGGAUACUGCCGAUUGAAGGACUGAAAAUCAAGACUUUUAUUAUCAUGGCAAUGUUACUGGACAAUCGAGCGUUUAUUAUCAUGGCAAUGUUACUGGACAAUCGAGCAUAUGAACUGUCAAUCGGUGGGCACAAUUUAGGCUAUAACUUGCCAAAACUUUAAACAUUCAUAACUUUGCUCAGAAUAAAGUAAUUUGACUGAAAUUUUCAACAUCUUCUUUUUCCAUUAUCUAUAUUUGAACUAUUACAGCAAGAACGGACAGAUCUUUAUCUAAAUUUUAUAUCAAGCACCGUGAACCCAUAAUAUAUUGGAAAUUGACAAAAGUGGGUCGCAACGCAUAUAAUACUAUAAUAUGAAUGUAUAUAAACUGAUUUACAUUCAAUGGUUUCCGUAUUUACUCCAAUUUCAAAUCAGUUAUGUUCGGCUAAAUAAGCCAGCAGUCUCAAGCGAGUGCAAAUUUCUAGCGUCUGGUUAUUCCAGUCUACAUACGCCGUUUGAUUUGGUGCAAUGUGUCUAGCCUCGUCCCUCGAGUCUCUUGAUACAACUGGGAAUGAAGCGCAUUAUGGUACACGACUCGUGUACCAAUGGUAAAAUGUUUAUUUUGUCUUAAAUAUUGGAUAUCAAAAGCCCAUCUUUUUCCGGUAAGAUCACAACAUGAAUGUUGAUUUAAUUUGACAAAUAAAUCGUGUUUUCAAUGUUGAAGAUUUUGGAUGAUAUUGAGUUAGAGACUUAGCUACUUUAAGCAUAUAUUUACAGUGUAGUUUGAUGGCAUCUGCUGUAACCACUAGGCCGUGUUUCAUGAAAUUUUAACUAAGAUAAAAUCCAAAUUUUAGUGAUUUGAUUGGAUAAUAUUGGAUUGAUUUUAGUGCUUACCCAAUAAAAAUUGAAGUAUCUACUAAAAUUUGGAUUUUUUCUUUCGUUAAGAUUUCGAGAAACAGGGCCCAGGUCUAGUUAUAUUUACAAAUGUAAAACUUCAGUGAUUAUGAUUUCCUUAGAUGUAAAUCUUGAUUUUUACCAAUUUGUAUCUGACAGAUUUUCAAAUUGGCAUUAGGAGUAGUUGUUCAUUAAAUGUAGAAUUGAAUUUUUUUAAAUCAAGAUCCUCUUGGUGUUUAUCUAUCAUUUUAAAAUAUAUAGAGAGAUUUUUAAAAAAAAUAUUUUAGUACAAUUUGUUUUAAUAUUAAAUUUUUUCGAAGUUAAACUGCAGGUGCUUUUAGGACAGUUGGCUGCUUACAGAAUACAGCAACAAGAUCUCAAAUGUAUUUUAAAACCAAAAAAAACCCCAACAGUUUGAUUUGAUUUGUCGUUUCUAUUGUGAUAGAUCAUUUCUCUGAUUAAAAUUUGAUCUGAUGUGUCAUUUCUAUUGUGAUGGAGCAUUUCAUGGAUUCAAAUUCCAGAAAUGGAUCUUUUUUUACUUUUUGAUGGAAAUAAUCUAUUGAAAUUGGUCGAGUUUUGUAACAUAAAUUAUUUCACUAUAAAAAAUCAAAUUAACUUAUUAUUUCUCAUUAUUGGAUAUUGUAAUGCUAGGUGCUACACACAUUAAAAUGAUACAGCUUGCUUGUAGUUAGUAGUAUGAUGUACAAAUGUAGAUUCAGGAAUUUUGGGAUGAGGAUGGGUUAAAAUCAAAGGCACAUUUCCUACUGUACACCAAGUGUAGCUAGUCUUUAAAAAAAUGAUCAUUGAUCAUCCCCCUCUCAAACCUAAAAAAAAAUACACAAAAAAAAGGUCAUUUGUCCUUCUAAAUGACAAAUUUGGUGGAAACAUUUUUCUUUUUUUUUUUCAUUUAGUCACUUUUAGUCCCAAAUCAGCCGUGAUAGAAUUUUCCAACAUAUGAAUUAAAAAGGAAAAGUAAAUUUGUGCAUUUUAAUUGGAUUUUUCAUUUGUGUGUGAUUUAAGAAACCGAUUACAAUCAGUAUUACUGGGCUAUGAUUGUUGUGUUUGUUUGGUACAGUCAUCUUCACUAGCUAAGGGUGAAGCGAAGCGAAUCGUACCCCUUGUCUAGAGAAGAUGUGGUACAAGUGUACAUAAUUUUUAUUGUAUAUGUAGGAGGUAGAAUCACAUCAAUAAUUGCGCAUGUCUUUCUCAAGUAAUUUAUUGUUAAUCACCUUAGAAUUGAUCUUCAGCUUUAACUAUAAUCUUUAAUCAAUGAUAAUAUGGAAUUAAUGUGACUAGGUUUCCACCAGAAUUGGACUGCAGUAGAUCAUCCUCAAAAUGUUUACACUGAUUUGAUUCAAUUCCCUUGCCAAAGUAAAGAGGAGGUAAUAUAAGUCCAUCUUGUAUUAAGAGAAUGAAAUAUGAAUAUUCAAUGUAUUUGAUAAUACUACUAGGUUAUUGAAUGGUCUAAAGUCAUAAUUUCUUUAUCUUUCUGUAAUCUUUAUGUGCAAUUUUAAUUAUUAUUUUUUUGUUAAAUUAUUUGAUAAUAAAAUUUAUGAAAUAUG